AUGCUGAUGAACGGUGCCACCGGUGAAGCAACGCUCGGUCAUCCGCAUCUGAAUGGAGACAGAAACAACGCGACGUUCAACUCCUCUUCGUUCGACCUGAACGCGAUGGUCUCCCGAGAGCUGACGUUGGCUUCCAUAAAGUACAUCUUCUUCGCUAUGCUCGGCUUCGUGUCCAGCAUCGUCAGUGGAACCGUCUUCAUGGCCAUCAUGAUUUCCAGCGUACAGCGUCGUUGUUCACCGUGCCAGGUGAUUGAUUUUCACAAGCUUGAUGUGCAAGUUUCAGGUUUCAACUUCAGCAGCUUCGUAAACGGUAUGGCGGUGAUUCACAACAGCCUUUACGCGCUGAACGUGCUUCGAGCCGGGGACUCGCCAGUGGCGUUGGUGAAGUGCGUGUUUUACGGCUCGUACAACUUUUGCUACGUGUUCAGCGAGUGUUCGCUGAUGAUGAUCUUGCUGGCAAUUUCGGUCGACAGGGCGCUGUCGUUGAUGAAGCCCGUCUUCCACAAACAGAUCGCCUACGACAGCUACCUGCGACUGAUCUUCCUCAUCUACUUCUACACGUUGGUGAACGUGGCGAUGGUCUGCGGCCUGAUCGUCUGGAACUACCCGAGCAAACUCGUGUCCGUCUUCUGCAGACAGUACGACGUGAUUCCGAACACGUUCUACGCCAUCCACUUCUACAGUAUCAUUCUGACAAACGUUCUCGCCUCGUCGUGCAACGUCGUGUCGAUCGCCACGGCGACCAGGCGCAUGCGCCAGUCGGUCAGUGGUGUCUACAGUACUCCUUUGAUGAAAGAGGAGCUGGCGGCGGCCAAGAGGCUCUUCGUUGCCGUUCUCAACACCGGUCUGCUGAUGAUCCCGCCGAUUUUGUUGCACUGUCAUUUCUUUCACGCAGGCACGGCUGCCAGCGACUUCACGGCGUUUCUGUGGGCCCCGUACGACGUCAGUUUGAUAGUGUUCAUUCUCUUGUACUCGUACCAUCACAAGCACCUGCGCAUGUCGCUAUAUGACCUGUUUACCUGCUACAGAAAUAACAGUAUUGCUCCAAGAACAGCUAGUCUAGAUUAA